UUUAUCCCUGAGAAACGUGUACAUGAAAAAGAAUCACAUAUCACAUUCUAAUUUCAUAGUUAACAAAACCCAUAUUGGAUUAGGACUAUAUGUUGUUUUUGCCAUAGGAGCAUUGGUUCUUGUGAACAUCGAAAUAGCACCCCCAGGAUCCCCAAAAUUGUACUUUCUUCUCUUAGGAUCUUCUUUAUUUCAUGCUAUUUAUAGCUACAUAUCUACGAUAGUUGUACUUCACCAUUUUUCCGUUGUUGGUCAUGCAUUUGGAAACAUUUUGAAAAGACUUGCUGUUCUUGGUUUAUUAUACGUAACAGGCUCAAAAACAUCGUCCAUCGUAAAUUUCAUUGGACUUUUCAUAUGUGCAACAGGGCUGACAAUUUAUGCGUUUUCUAAAGUACAAGAAUUGAAUCAGAAUCAAAUCAACAAAAAGUUUCAAACUGUGAUGAGCUUCAAAAGACAUUUAUUCUUUACCUUGGUUACUAUCAUUGCAUUUUUUCUGGCAGUAAAUCAGUUUUUCGAGGGAAAUACGAUGACGUUAGAGUUAUUGAAAUGUAGAACGAACUAUGUUGAUGUAAAUAAUGAUAACUUUAAAUCGUUGUGGAAUAACUUAUCUCUGUCAAAGCAAGCGACAUUCAACAUCAAAGACUUCCUAACAUUAGAUCUAGCACACAAUCCAGAAGAAACUAAUAAACUUUCUAUAUUGCUUACAAAACGGUCAGAUGUAAUUGACGAAGCUCAGAGAAUUCACAUGAAUAUUUUCAAGUCCCUGUUGGGCGGGUAUAAAUAUGCAAUGCUAUUCGAUUAUUCUCACUCGGAAAACAAAGGUGACUCGGCGAUUACUGUUGGAGAAACAUUGCUUUUGAGGAAACUCAAAAUCGAAAUUGUGUUUGUAUGUAAAAUUCAUUGCAUAGAUUAUCAACUAGACAGAGCCCAUAACAUCAGUAAAAAAUAUACAAGUAAAGAUCUUGUCAUUCUUUUUCAUGGUGGCGGAAAUAUCAUUGGUUGGCCUUUGUCAGACGUUUCUCGUGGUAAACAAAUAAAACGAUUCAUGCAGUUCAACAUUGUCAUGUUUCCACAAAGUAUUUUGAUAAUGGGACCAGAUUCUCACAUAAAGUUCUGCCAAAAAUUAUAUGAAUCUCAUCAGAGGCUUACGUUUCUAUGGCGAGAUAAGGUAUCCUUCGAUCUUGGCAAGAAGCUCUUCCCUAAGGUACGUUCGUUAUUAUCACCAGAUAUUGCCUACCAGAUUGGUUUCGUUCCUCGCUUCAUGUAUCCAACGUUCGAUAUACUUUGGAUAAAACGCGCCGAUAAAGAGUCUCCACACUACAAUACACCGGCAGCUCCGGAAGGUUAUCGUAUGCAUGUUUCUGAUUGGUUGAUGUGGAAAACCCCGCGUGGGGACUCGCCAAUGGAAGACUCGUUUCUUAUGACAACCAAUGGAUUGGUGUUUUUACAGAGAGGUCGAGUAGUUAUCACUGAUCGUCUUCACGGUCAUAUUUUAUCAACACUUCUCAAUAUCCCCCACGUAUAUAUUGAUAACAAACAACGUAAAAUAUCUAACUAUCACACCACAUGGACGGCUGGUUUAGAUAAUGUAGUUUUAGCAAAUUCUAGUAUUGACGCAGUUGAAAAAGCAAAGGAAUUGCUGCUUAAACUUGAUAAAGAAUUACCUUUAGUUAAAGGAUAUUUCAUAUAGUUAGUAAGAAAAGACAUUGCAUGAAAGGAAAACAAGCUAACGAUAUGAAAUUAACACUAUAAUUUAAAUGUGUUAUACUUAAAUGACACUCACGAAAGGAACUAUGGCAGUUUAAGAAUCUUUUUGCGCAAAUA